AUCAUCUCGUUGCUCUAUCGAUAAAUUAGCUAUUCGUUCAUUAAGAUCUAAUCAGAAGCAGCUGAUCAGUGUGACUUGUUUGCUGCGCCCAUGCAAUUCCACCACAGCAGGAUUAAUCUCAGCAAAGGUGGAGCUCAUUUAUAAGUGAAUUACUUUCAAUUUAGGGGGGAUUUUGAAAUCCCGGUCUGUCUCAAAGCGUCCGGUUAAUCUGGAGCCAUAUGGUAACCCUAAAUAAAAGCAUGGGGUAGAAAUAGCAGAGGUUACCGCCUGGAAGUUUACUCGUAAAGAGAGACCUUUCUGCUACCCUGUGCUGUAUUUACCCAAAAACAAGUUCACACACACUGACCCUCCCAGACUAAGAGAAAGCUAUGAAACUGCGAGCAUGCCUGCGCCAUUGUGGAUCUGUUUGUGACAACGGCGCUUGAAUUAACCUAACAUACUUCUAAAAACAUUAUCAGGGUAUGCCUUUAGUGUUUGAACGUCUCGUACAGAAGAAGAGGACGCGAAAAGACGAUAUUAAUUUAAAAAACACUGAUUAUAUAUCAGUGAAAAAAAUCGCUGCUGCCUUCAGACACAGCUUCCCGUUUGAUCAAUUUUGGUCUAUACCAACUCCGGCAGGGGCGCCGGGGUUAACUGAAUUCAAAUAGAAAGAGCUACAAACAGCUCGUUUACAAAAUUGAAAGUCUUAUUCGUUUUUAAUUAAAGGAUCCCCGGUAUCACAAUUCCCUUUGCAAUCCAUAUUAGACCGCACUGAACGGUUUGUAUUUUGCGAUUGGUGCGUUCCUCGUUGCGCAGCGCCUCCUCCAUUCCGUGGAAGACACUGAGAGGAGCUGCUACUAAACAGAAUCCCGUGUGCUGCCAUGGACAGUGUGAAGAUGGAAUCUGUCCAGAUUAAAGAGGAGUUCCCUGAACCUGAACUUGACCCCUUUAGAGUGGAGAUCUCUGGGCUGGCUUCCCUCCCCAUUAAACAGGAGCUCUGUGAGAUGCAAUGUGACAGCAGCCAGCUACAGGUCUCUGAGAUUAAAGCUGAGCACAAUGAAUUGGAGAUCCCCCAGACAGAAGAACCCCUUCCUGUGAAACAAGAAGAGGUGCUGGAAAGUGUCCAUAUUAAACAGGAGCCCCCUGACGUAGAGUCUGAGCACAUGGAACCAGUGAAGGAAGAAUCCGAGGACUUCAAACCAAACAUCCCUGAGCUGGAGCCUGUACACCAGCAGGAGUGUAGCGUGGUGCGGGAGAGAGUCUGCGUGAGAGAGCAAGGCGCUGGAGAGGAAGACAGGUGGUCAUAUUCAGAAUGCAGUCUAGCAGGUUCCAGUCCAGCAGCUAAAGCAAGGGCAGGCGGUGGAGAAUAUACUGACUGUGGGAAAGGUUUCACGCAGUUAGGGCAUUUAAACAAAACCCAGCGAACUCACACAGGAGAGAAACCGUAUCGCUGCUCUGACUGUGGGAAGAGUUUCAGUCAGUUUGGAAGCCUAAAAGAACACCAGCGAAUUCACACAGGCGAGAGACCGUAUCACUGCUCUGACUGUGGGAAGAGUUUCAGUCGGUCAGACAGCCUUGUUUUACACCAGCGAACUCACACAGGAGAGAAACCGUAUCACUGCUCUGAUUGUGGGAAGAGUUUCAGUCAGUUUGGAAGCCUAAAAGAACACCAGCGAAUUCACACAGGAGAGAAACCGUAUCACUGCUCUGACUGUGGGAAGAGUUUCAGUCGGUCAGACAGCCUUGUUUUACACCAGCGAACACACACAGGAGAGAAACCGUAUCACUGUUCUGACUGUGGGAAGAGUUUCAGUCGGUUAUAUGGCCUUGUUUCACACCAGCGAACUCACACAGGAGAGAAACCGUAUCGCUGCUCUGACUGUGGGAAGAGUUUCAGACAGUUAGGAAGCCUAAAAGAACACCAGCGAAUUCACACAGGAGAGAAACCGUUUCACUGCUCUGACUGUGGGAAGAGUUUCAGUCAGUUGGGAAGCCUAAAAGGACACCAGCGAACGCACACAGGAGAGAAACCGUAUCGCUGCUCUGACUGUGGGAAGAGUUUCAGUCAUUCAGGAACCCUGAAAGAACACCAGCGAACUCACACAGGAGAGAAACCGUAUCACUGCUGUUACUGUGGGAAAAGUUUCAGUUACUCAGGAACCCUGAAAACACACCAGCGAACUCACGCAGGAGAGAAACUGUAUCACUGCUCUGACUGUGGGAAGAGUUUCAGUCUUAAACGAGCCCUUCAAAAACACCAGCGAACUCACAGAGGAGAGAAACCGUAAAGACUGUUCAAUGGGACUUCUCACUCAAACCUUGUAUUAUGAAUCCCUGUGUAAUUACUGUUUUGUGUAUCACUCUUAAGAGCGUGCAUUUUAAAUUGUAAAAAUGCAAAUCAACUCUCUUGCACUCUGUCAAAGUGGGCGGUGAGCAGACACAAGAGGCUUCUCUGCUGUCAGUUUAACUCUGGAUGUCAAUGCAGUCAGUGCCUGGGAGCGGGACUAUGCUGAAAGGAAACUAUUCCGCCAAUAACACAAAAAUCAAAGCAAAGUUUUAAUUUUAUUUCAUGCUGCAAUAGUGAGGUUUUUCUUGUUUACAUCUGUUGAGUUUUGAAGCUAAGGUUUCUUGUGAACCGCUGUUUAGGGGAUAUCUUUAAACAAAAAGUGAUUUCCUAUUAUCACUGACGUGAGGGUUGUAACCAGUCCCUGUAAUAGACAACCCCACGUUACACAGGUAUUAACGUCGUUAGAAUUCAUUUUCAUGUGUUGAAUGAUAUUUUGCAUCAGCUCCUAUUCUACCUUUAAAUAAAUUUCAGUCAGGUGGUAAUUGUCUCUUGGGAAUAACCCUACACACCGACACUUACUGUAAACACCAGAUGCCACAACCCUUAGAUUGGCUAAACAAAGGAAAUGAAUUGUGAAACUUAAAGAGAUGUACUCUACAGCAUAAAAUACUAUACUGAGAAUUAAUUACAACAAAUCGGAAAUAAAUGCCAAAAAAAGACGUGACAAUUGUAAAGCACAGAGAGGUCUGGUAAAGCAUAGGGAAGCAUUGUAAAGAACAGAGAGGUGUGGUAAAGCAUAGGGAAGCAUUGUAAAGCACAGAGAGGUCUGGUAAAGCAUAGGGAAGCAUUGUAAAGCACAGAGAGGUAUGGUAAAGCAUAGGGAAGCAUUGUAAAGCACAGAGAGGUCUGGUAAAGCAUAGGGAAGCAUUGUAAAGAACAGAGAGAUCUGGUAAAGCAUAGGGAAGCAUUGUAAAGAACAGAGAGGUGUGGUAAAGCAUAGGGAAGCAUUGUAAAGCACAGAGAGGUGUGGUAAAGCAUAGGGAAGCAUUGUAAAGAACAGAGAGGUCUGGUAAAGCAUAGGGAAGCAUUGUAAAGCACAGAGAGGUGUGGUAAAGCAUAGGGAAGCAUUGUAAAGCACAGACAGGUCUGGUAAAGCAUAGGGAAGCAUUGUAAAGCACAGAGAGGUCUGGUAAAGCACAGGGAAGCAUUGUAAAGCACAGAGAGGUCUGGUAAAGCAUAGGGAAGCAUUGUAAAGCACAGAGAGGGCUCGUAAAGCAUAGAGAAGCAUUGUAAAGCACAGAGAGGUCUGGUAAAGCAUAGGGAAGCAUUGUAAAGCACAGAGAGGUGUG